AUGGUGCCGCCACCUCCUCCGAGCCGGGGAGGAGCGGUCCGGGGGCAGCUGGGCCGGAGCCUGGGUCCGCUGCUGCUGCUCCUGGCGCUGGGACACACGUGGACCUACCGGGAGAACUCCGAGGACAGCGACAGAGAAAUCUGCUCGGAAAACAAGAUUUCUACAACCAAAUACCCGUGUUUGAAGUCUUCAGGCGAACUCACGACGUGUUUCAGGAAAAAGUGCUGCAAAGGGUAUAAAUUUGUUCUUGGACAGUGUAUCCCAGAAGAUUAUGAUGUUUGUGCCCAGGCUCCCUGUGAACAGCAGUGUACAGACAACUUCGGCCGCGUGCUGUGCACCUGUUAUCCAGGAUACCAAUAUGACCGCGAGAGACACCGGAAGCGGGAGAAGCCCUACUGCCUGGACAUCGACGAGUGUGCCACCAGCAACAAGACGCUGUGCGACCACAUCUGUGUCAACACUGUGGGCAGCUACCGCUGUGAGUGCCGGGAGGGCUAUGUCCUUGAGGGCGACGGGAAGACAUGCACCAGGGGGGACAAGUACCCCAACGACACUGGGCACGAGGAGAAGUCUGAGAAUGCCGUGAAAGCCGAAACUUGCUGUGCCUCGUGCAAGGAGUUCCACCAGAUGAAGCAGACGGUGCUGCAACUGAAGCAAAAGAUUGCACUGCUCCCUAACAGUGCUGCUGAGCUGGGCAAAUAUAUCACUGGUGACAAAGUGCUGGCCUCCAACGCCUACCUUCCAGGACCACCUGGCCUGCCUGGAGGCCAGGGCCCUCCCGGUUCACCAGGACCAAAGGGGAGCCCAGGCUUCCCAGGUAUGCCGGGCCCUCCUGGGCAGCCCGGCCCCCGGGGCUCAAUGGGACCCAUGGGACCGUCUCCUGAUCUGUCCCACAUUAAGCAAGGCCGGAGGGGUCCUGUGGGUCCUCCGGGUGCACCAGGAAGAGACGGCUCUAAGGGGGAGAGAGGAGCACCUGGGCCCAGAGGAUCUCCAGGACCCCCAGGGUCUUUCGACUUCCUGCUGCUUAUGCUGGCUGACAUCCGCAAUGACAUCACUGAGCUGCAGGACAAGGUGUUCGGGCACCGGACUCACUCUUCAGCAGAGGAGUUCCCUUUACCUCAGGAGUUUUCCAGCUACCCAGAGAGCAUGGACUUUGGCUCUGGAGAUGACCAUCCAAGGAGAACUGAUGAAGCCAGAGACUUUCAUCCAUAG